GGUGGGACAGAGAAAAUUCUUGAAGGCUCUCACCUCUCAGCCGGCGCACCGCAUGCUGCUUGUCCAGCUUCAUGGAACAAGAAAGAGGGUGCAUCUCAGUCCGCUGACUCAAACCCACCGUAGCCUGCCGUCGUUUCUCAGCAGUGUCUUAUAUUUCCGGUCUUCCUUGUGCUUAUUGUAGUCCGCGCGGUUCCGUUAGCUAGUGAAAAUGUCGGUUGUCGGAUUUGACGUCGGGUUCCUGAACUGCUAUGUAGCGGUAGCCAGAGCCGGGGGGAUUGAAACGGUCGCUAAUGAAUACAGCGACCGAUGUACACCAGCAUGCGUUUCCUUUGGACCCCGCAAUCGAGCGAUUGGUGCUGCGGCUAAAAGCCAGAUCGUCACAAACUGCAAGAACACAGUGCAAGGGUUCAAGAGGCUUCAUGGCAGGGCGUUUACGGAUCCCUACGUGCAGCGCCUCAAAAACAGUUUGGUCUAUGAUAUUGUACAAAUGCCCACAGGAACAACUGGCAUCAAGGUCAACUACAUGGAGGAGGAGAAGGUGUUCAGCGUUGAACAGGUUACCGCCAUGCUGCUGACUAAGCUGAAGGAGACAGCGGAGCAUGCGCUCAAGAAGCCUGUGGCAGACUGUGUUGUGUCUGUUCCCUGCUACUACACGGAUGCUGAGAGGAGAUCAGUAGUAGACGCUGCUCAGAUCGCCGGUCUCAACUGCCUGAGGCUGAUGAAUGAGACGACUGCAGUUGCACUGGCAUAUGGGAUCUACAAACAGGAUCUCCCGGCUCCGGAGGAGAAGCCCAGAAAUGUAGUGUUUGUGGACCUGGGCCAUUCUGGAUACCAGACAUCAGUGUGCGCCUUUAAUAAGGGCAAAGUCAAGGUCCUUUCUACAGCUUGUGACCCCGAGCUGGGAGGAAAGGAUUUUGAUGAGAUGUUGGUGAGGUACUUCUGUGAGGAUUUUAGCAAGAAGUACAAGAUUGAUGUCAAGUCCAGGCCCAGGGCUCUGAUCAGGGUUUACCAGGAGUGUGAAAAACUGAAAAGAGUGAUGAGUGCAAACUCCUCUGACCUGCCGUUUAACAUCGAGUGCUUAAUGAAUGACAUUGACGUCUCUGGAAAGAUGAACAGGGGUCAGUUUGAAGAGAUGUGUGCUGAUAUUCUCGCCCGAAUUGAGGCUCCACUGCAGAAUCUGCUGGAACACGCUAAACUGAAAAGGGAAGAUAUCUAUGCAGUAGAGAUUGUGGGAGGAGCUUCCAGGAUCCCAGCAGUCAAAGAGAGGAUUAGCAAAUUCUUUGGGAAGGAGCUGAACACCACCCUGAAUGCUGACGAAGCUGUGGCCAGAGGAUGUGCCCUGCAGUGUGCAAUCCUGUCACCUGCAUUCAAAGUGCGUGAGUUCUCGAUCACAGAUGUUGUCACCUAUCCCAUCUCCUUGAAAUGGCCUUCAGCUGCAGAAGAAGGUCUGAGCGAUUGUGAGGUGUUUCCUAUGAACCACGCAGCACCUUUCUCCAAGGUGCUGACCUUCUACAGGAAGGAGCCCUUUUCCCUGGAGGCGUACUACAACAAGCCCAGUGAGCUGUGCUACCCCGAUCCUACUAUUGGUCAGUUCCUCAUCCAGAAGGUUAUCCCGCAGGCAUCUGGUGAGAGCUCCAAGGUGAAAGUCAAGGUGCGGGUGAACAUCCACGGUAUCUUCAGUGUGUCCAGUGCCUCCCUGGUUGAAGUGCAGAAGUCUGAUGAGACCGAGGAACCCAUGGAAACGGAACACGCCAAUGAGAAAGAGGGAGAGAGCAAAAUGCAGACCGAUCAGGAUGAGCAGCAGGGUCAGGCAGACGGUUCGAAAGAAGCAGAAGAAAAGACGCCCCGCGAGAAUGAGGAGAUGGAUACCACCACAGAGGAGGGCAAAGGCGAGAAGAAGUCCGACCAGCCCCCACAAGCCAAAAAGCCUAAAGUCAAAACAAAGGUUGUUGAGCUUCCGAUUGAAAACAGUCCACAGUGGCAGCUGGCUGAUGACAUGCUCAAUCUGUUUGUUGAAAAUGAGGGUAAGAUGAUCAUGCAGGACAAGCUGGAGAAGGAGAGAAACGACGCAAAGAACUAUGUGGAGGAGUAUGUGUACGAAAUGAGGGACAAGCUGCACGGGGUCCUUGAGAAGUUUGUCAGUGAGUCUGACCGAGAUGCGCUGUCAUUAAAGCUGGAGGAUACCGAGAACUGGCUGUAUGAAGAUGGAGAGGACCAACCCAAACAGGUGUACAUCGACAAACUGACAGAGUUGAAGAAACUUGGCCAGCCCAUCAAGGAGAGGUAUACCGAGGCCGAAAUGAGACCAAAAGCAUUUGAGGAGUUGGGAAAACAAAUCCAGCAGUACAUGAAAUUUGUGGAAGCAUUCAAAAUGAAGGACGAGCAGUACGACCAUUUAGAUGAGGCUGAUGUCAAGAAAGUGGACAAACUGACAAGUGAUGCAAUGAUGUGGAUGAACAGCUCCAUGAACCAGCAAAGCAAACAGAACUUGACAGUGGAUCCCUCCGUCAAAGUAAAAGACAUUGAAGCAAAAACAAGGGAGCUGUUCUCCGCUUGCAACUCCAUUGUGACCAAGCCCAAACCCAGGGUGGAGCUUCCCAAGGAAGACAACCCUGCCGAGCAGAACGGGCCUGUGAACGGACAGGAGAAAGCGCCGGAAGAAGCUGCCAGCAAAGCAGCGACCGAGAACCCUGGCUCAGAAAACAAGCCUGACAUGGACCUCGAUUAAAGCCGCCCAACGGCCCGCUAAGCAAAGCUGAACGGGAGCUGGUUGUUUCAGAUUGAGAUGCAGCCUGGGUGUAUAUCAGAGCAGGUUAAAUGUUUCAGGAAGUGCACUACACAGUCAAAAAGCAGGAAGGGUGAUUAGCAAACGGAGAGCAGCUCCUGGUGGUAACUCUGUCUGAUGACCUAGCAUGCCCUCUCCUUCUGGAUAACAUAAAUCUAAAGCCAGCCGCAAUAAGCCUGUUUGACGAUGAGCGCUGUACACAUAAUGGUAUUUAUUUCUGUUGUGUGCCCUGUACGUGUUCUGGUCUGUGUCACAGUAUGGUUUUAAUAAAGUUCCUUAAAACCA